UUGCGUCACGGUAGUUGGCGUGGGCGACCGCAUAGCUGUAUCUGAUCAACACGGAAGUGGCGGUGAGCGAAUGUCAACAACAAAAAAGGACGGAUAAAAGAUAAAAAUCAUCAGCACGCACCAAGCUUGUGGUCUCUUGAUAUCCUGUGAGGCACAGGAUCUACCGACAUGAAGGGUUUCUACCAUGGAGAGUGAUUUACUUUUUCUUGUCAUUAGAUAGAAAGAUUUUCAGAUCUCACUGGGAAGGAAAUCAACAUGGAUAUCCCUUACAGCCUGUGGAUUUUUAGCCUUUUGUUUUUAACAGUCCACUGCAAUCUGGAGCUGGCCUCCAGUUCAGCACGUUGUUUCAAAUCCCCAAAACUACUGCAGGCGAGACAAGGAGAAAUUCGUGGCUCUACGCGCCAUGGCCCUCCUGGGCCUGUGAACUGCAGCUGGGUAAUCACUUCCCCAGUGGGAGAGCGCGUGAUUCUCAGUUUCUCUGAGUUUUUUGUUAGAUGUGGUUGGAGUUCACUAAGCCUGACCACCGUUACAGGCCGUCCUGUGUCGCUCUGUGGAUACCAGCUGCCUAAGCCAAUGGAGUUCAAUCAGGGAAACAUUACAGUGACGUACCACUUUGUCCCGCACUCCUACUCAGUUUCAGGGUUCCGCCUGUCAUAUAUUAAAGAUACUGGUCCGUGUUACCCUGGUGAGUUUGAGUGUUACAGCGAGCGCUGUCUCCCCAAGUCCUGGCACUGUAAUGGCCAGGUGGAGUGCCUUGGGGAAGGUGACGAGCUCGGCUCAGACGAGGAGGACUGUGACCCUGUCAAACCACAACCUCACCUGGACAAUGAGCCCUCACCAUUCCCAUCUGAAAUCCCAGCAAGCUCAGCUGGUGACUCUGUGAUGGAACAUCUGCCACACGGGGCUUCUGACCUUCCGUUUCCUGCCCAGGGUGGGCCCUGUGGGGGGUAUCUGCAAGCCUUCUAUGGCUCUUUUGUGCCCCCUUUGCUGACGGGUGCAGCAAUGGAGUGUGUAUGGUCAGUGGACCCACAGGACUCCCGGCCUCUCAAGCUGGAGCUGCAGCAGCUGGCACUUGGAACUAGAGACAGCCUCAUCAUAACUGACCAGCCUGCUGGGGGAGGCAACAUUCUUAAAACUGUCACAAAUACAUUAAAUUAUGAAACAGUGAAUGUGGAGUCCCCUACUGGUCUGCUGUCAGUAAUCUAUCGUGUGCAGGAGGCCUCGGAUGGACGGGGCUUCAAUGCCACAUACCGCAUCGCUGACUACUGUCUGCCCUGGGAAGGUCUUUGUAAGGGCUCAGAGGGAGGCUGCUACACACCGAAGCAGCGUUGUGAUGGGCACUGGGACUGCACAGAGACCGGACUGGAUGAGGAUGGCUGUGGCGGAUGCUCGGCUGGCUACUUCCCCUGCGGGACACUGGCGCUGCAGAGGGUGGGGCAUCUCGUUGGCCGGCCCGCCUGCUAUUCCAUCAAAGAACGGUGUAACUACCAGCUGAACUGCGCUGAUGGGAGUGAUGAAAGAGAGUGCAAAGUGUGUCAACCUGGAACAUUCCACUGUGAUAGUGACAGGUGUGUGUUUGAGAGCUGGCGAUGUGACGGACAGGUUGAUUGUAAGGAUGGCACUGAUGAAUUAAACUGCACUGUGACUCUGCCUCGAAAAGUCAUCACCGCGGCGACUGUGGGUAGCCUGGUUUGUGGUCUGCUGCUUGUUAUUGCUAUGGGCUGCACUUGCAAACUGUACUCACUUCGCACACGAGAAUACAGCUUGUUUGCUCCAAUCAGCCGCCAAGAGGCAGAGUUUAUCCAGCAACAAGCUCCACCCUCCUAUGGUCAGCUCAUUGCUCAGGGGAUUAUUCCUCCUGUAGAGGAUUUCCCUACAGAGAACCCCAAUGAGCCUACCUCCCUUUCUCUGAGAGGACUGCUUCAGCUCAUCAGACAGGACAACAUCUCCUCCCCGCGGCGAAGACGGAGGCCACGGUUUGUCCGCCGAGCAAUUCGCCGCUUGCGUAGGUGGGGCCUGAUUUCCAGGCCAACCUCUAGAUCUACCCAGACCUCAAGCUCCACCAGUCAACAGACAGAAGUUGCUCCUACAGGCCAGGAGCCCAGACAGUCCGGCCCUUCAGGCUCAUCUGCACCCAGGGAAAACACUGACCUGCCUUUGCCACAAAAAGUGGGUUUAUCCCAACAAACAGAGCAAGAACAACAAACAGACACACAAUCUUCUCUUUCUCCGCCCCCUCCUCCUCCACCUCCUCCUCCUCCAACCCCUCCUACAACACUUCCCACAACUACACAUUCCCUUCAGCCAGCUGAUGCUCCAGAAACACGUCAGAGCCCACCUGUUGCUGUUGCACCCAGCAGCCCCUCCCUGGCUUCUCUCUUCCAUUCUCUGGGGCUAAGUAUUUCUCGUUUCAGACCUUCGUCUUCCUCCACUACUGCACUUCCUCUGUCAGCUUCCCCAUCUUUUUCCUCCUCUUCUUCUUCAGAAGACGAAGUGCUACUGAUCCCUCUUUCUGAUGACACCACCUCUGAGGAUGAUGUGCCCAUGCUGACCUGAACUGAGCUGCACACUCUUUCACUUUUCAAGUUUUUCUCACUUCUCUCCCUGUUUUUCACCUCUAAAUUAUGAUCUCAGCAUGUUAGAGGCAUCAUGUUUGCAGUCUGUUCUGGCAAGGUGCCUUAUUUCACAUGAAUAGGGUCAUUUUCCUGUAUCAAGUAUUGGACGAUUGUGUCAAAGACUUUAAUCUUUGUGCUUGUUAGUUGUGCACUUACUCAGAGAUUGUGUGUGAUGGAAGAAAAUGUUGCACAGAAAAUCUUCCUUGGCCUCACUUUAAUGAGUGUGUUUACAUGUACAACCCCACAUCAUCUUAUUUCAGCACAUUCAAGUGGUUGUGGAAACAGCAUGCUGCAGUAUCAGAAAUUAGACUAUAGAGAAGAGUUAUGCCUGGAUUUUAGCCUAUAUGUCUGUUAUUCAGAACACGUAUACCAUAAAGCUGACAUCUUUUGUUUUUCAAUACUUGUGCAUGUGUGAAAAGAACUAGAAUAAGGAAAUGUAGUGUGUGUCUGUUGAGUGAAAAUGGAGACAGCUCAAGAACAGACAGCGUUAUAUACAGUUUAGAAUGUUGUGAACUUCAGUACAAAUGUUUGUUAUAAGAGCUUAUAGCCAGGCAACUAAAUACUGUUAAUUCUUGACUCUUGCAGACCCAGUGCUAUUUUUCAGAUGAUCAGAUUACUUAUAUUGUACAUGUAAACACACACAUUGCAACUGUCCUGUGUCUUGGUAAAAUGUACAGCACCAUGCUUAUGGUUUAUUUUUUGCAAUUAGUUAACAUCUGUGUGUGGGUGUGCGUGUGUGUGUGUGUGUGUGUGUGAGAGAUUACUGCUAUACACGUGGCUGUGAGUAUUCUUUAGAAGUGCCUUCGAUAGAGCUUCCUAUAGAUCACUAGACACAAUGUGACUGUAUGUACUUGUACAUGAAGGCCAAACAAACACAUGCAAAAGUUAACACCUCAGUUUGAAUUUAAAUUCACCCAGGCCAUGUAUAGGAUACUGCAUGGCAAGAAUGUGUGUGUGUGUGUGUGUGUGUGUGUGUGAAUGUAGUCACUCAGUUGAGACAAUCCUUCUUCGUGCCUGAGGCAGUUAUUCGCACCACCAUUCUGAGUUACUUUACAUAUUACUUUAAUGACAAUUUAAACAUCUUCUAUUUUUUUCUUCUAAUUUCAGCUUCUGGCUCAAUAAACAGUGAAAGAAACAUGAGUGCCAUAACUAUAAUCAUCUUUUGCACUUACUUUUAUGAAUCUAUUUUUUCCCCCCAUGUCGAUAUUGUUUUUAUUACUGAAUGUAUUGAAGCGGCUAGCUGUGUAACAUGUUUCUCGCCAGUGGUGAUUGCAAUAGAAAUUUGUGGUUUGGAAUGAAAAAAAAUGAUUUUCUUAGGAUGUGUUUCACUGUAUAUAUGCUGAAAGAUCUAGAAAAACCACAACGAAUAAAUCAUUUGCACUUU